CGGAAGCAAGAAUCUUUCUAGAAACAGCGCUUCAUGUAUAUCAGUGGACACGCCGUGAAGGACUGAAAGCAAAGAUCAUUUUCAUAACUUCAAUAAAAUUGUUGAGGACAGUUUCUCCAGGACAGCGAUGGACACCAAUGAACUGAUCGCCGGUCUUGAGAGUGAUUUGAAAGAGAUUGCGAGUCUGCUAGAGAAAUGUGAACGACAGCGCGUGCGGGACGUCUUAACGCAAGAGCACAAGAAGAUAGAGAAAGAGCUGGCACAAAAACGACAGCAGAAACUGCAGCAAGCCAAGAAAGACUCUGGAGACAAGACUGAAACAACACUCAAAGGAUACACAGUCAAAAUUAACAAUUAUGGAUGGGACCAGUCUGACAAGUUCGUCAAAAUCUACAUCACACUGAAAGGAGUGCAUACUAUUCCAGCUGAAAAUGUUGAGGCUAACUUCACAGAGAGAGGUUUUAAUGUUCUAGUCAAAGAUCUGGAUGGGAAAAACCAUCAAAUGACAGUCAACAACCUUUUAUUCCCCAUUAUUGUAGCAGAGAGUAGUAAAAAGAUAAAAACAGACAUGGUCCUUGUCAUGUGCAAGAAGAAGUCAGCAAAAAAAUGGGAAUGCUUGACACAAGUAGAAAAACAGUCUAAGGAGAAAGACAAACCCAACAUGAAUGAGAACGCUGAUCCAAGCGAGGGGCUGAUGAGCAUGCUGAAGAAGAUCUACACCGACGGAGAUGACGAGAUGAAACGCACUAUCAACAAGGCCUGGGUUGAGUCUCAGGAGAAGAAGGGCAAAGCAGAUGAUCUUGACUUCUAAACCAGCUUAUUGAUUCGCUUUCACAUUCACAGUGAAGGACCCAAAAAUUCAGCUGCUGCACACGUCAUUCCACUUUAUUUGGAUUACUUUAUGUAUUUUUUUACUUUGUUCCAGUUAAAUGCAGCUAUUACAGAAAGAUGUUUUUGAAGUGUUUUCAUCCCCAUUGUAAUUCAUAUCAACGAAUGUUCAGUGGAUUUUCAGUCUACGUUAUUCUUGCACUUAGGACCAUGUACCUAAAAAGUGGAAAAUGAAAAUAAAAUAGAAAAUUGUAAUUUA